GAGACCUACAAGCUGACAGUACAAAUCAGUGUCUUCUCAAACAGUGCUAUGACUUCAGCUUCCUCCUAUGUUCAGAGCAUGACAUGCCGCUAUUCUCCAUGGGCAGAGAGGGAGAUUCUGUGUGAAAGAAACUACAUGGAGGUUUCUGUGAGAAGAGGUGUGCCACUUAUUGAGCCCAACUUUGUUCAAGAUGAUCCUGAUUGGUCCCUUGCAUACCCUGAGGCAACUGCUGCUGACAACAGCAUCUGGAAAAUUGUGUUCCAUCUCCCAGCAAAUAGAAAGACCACUAUGACUGUUGCUCAGGCCAUGACAAACGGAUAUGGCAUAAACACUACACCAACUCGAAUUCUGGUUAGAGCUGCAUACAAUUCCACAGAAAGCCAGCCUCAGUUGAUCCAAACUGUACCAAUGGCUGUGCUAAGAUCAACCACCUUUUAUAAGCAAAGAUGGAUGGUCAUGAUGGUGGACACUGCAGUUACAUGUCCUACUGAUGGAACAGCCUUCACAGAACAGACGAUUACAUGGAGUGUUCCUCGUGUUCUGCCUCCUCUUGUUCCGACACCACAAAUUACUACCCUUGAUGUUCAAAUGGGAGUUGAUGGCCGCAAGCUUGACCCUGCAACGAUUCAUAAUAGAGAUUAUAAACUGGAUGUAGGUCCCCAGCUAAUCACUGUAAAAAUUCCUGUGGGAGCUGAUGGUGGAUAUUACAAGAGCCAUGUAUUGGACAACACCUAUGUGAUCUCUUACUCUAUUGAACCAAUGCUGGAGCAUACCUGGCAAGAUGGGCCUGAGAAGACCAAGUACACAGUACUUCAUCCAAUAACCACUCCUUUCAUGCCUCGGCCACCAGUUGUCACAAACAAUACUGUUCCUAAAGCCAGAGUGUUUAAUGUGACCCUGGGGACAUUCCUGCCUGAUGUGCAGCUAGUCAAAAUUAUAGUUGGACCAGAGACGUUAACUGUGCCAGAAGCCAACCUAAAAGGUUAUAAUGUCCAGGAGCAUGUCUUUCCCAAUGGAUCCAAGACCUACACCCUCCAGGUGCCAUUUGAGGACCCCAAUGUGAAGCAAAAGGUAACUCCUCCAGACACCAGAACCUACAUUCUGCCCCUGACCUACUUGCUGAAUAUAGUGCCAGAGGAUACACCCUUUACUCAUCCUGCUGUAGUCGAAGCCAUUCUCAAAGACAUCAUUCCACCUACAGUAACUGGCUACUGUGAUGGUGCUGCAUUCUAUACCAUGGUAACAUAUGGCAACAUGGGUCGCAACUGGAUUCCUUUUGUGGGCUCAAGAGAGCUUGGUGGAAAUCUGCUUGCCCUGUACAAGUAUCACUACAAUGACUUCUAUGGAGCUCGGGAUUACCCUGUUGUGAAGUACUUGCGAAGACCCUUGUAUUUUGAGGUAGAGCUCCUGUACAGCAGGGAUCCACAGGCUGAAUUGUUUUUGGAGAACUGCUGGGCAACCUAUUCUGCUGACAGGAAUAGCUCUCCAAAGUGGGAUGUUGUUGUGGACAGCUGUGAGAACUCUGCAGAUGAGUACUUGACCAUCUUUCACCCAGUCUCCAGCAAUGCAAGAGUGCUGUUCCCUUCCCAUCUGAAGAGGUUUGAAGUGAAAAUGUUUUCCUUCACAAGCGGCCGGGAUGCACUGAAAGGACAGAUUUACUUCCACUGUAGUGUUGUGAUAUGUGAUUCAAACCGGCCAUCAGACAGCCUCUGUAGCAGACGGUGCAUUCCAGGGAAACAGAGGCUUGGUCGCAGUGCUGAAGGGAUGGAUGGUGGUGCAGUAAAGGUGUUUGUGUCUUCUGGCCCAAUUGAGCUAAAGAGAGAUGGAUCCCUUCACUUUAUGCCUAGAAGCGGCCAAUUCAAUGUGUGGUCCCUUCUGGGAGCUGCAAUUGGUGUGUGUUUUUAUACGUCUCUUACUGGAAGUGGUGAGAGCUCCAACUAA